UGCACUUCACCUUGGGCUAUGUGGAAACUUGUUGUAGCACUUCCUGCAGUGGUAAACAGGUGUACACACGGGCAGAGUACUUGAUGAGUAUGCCACUUUUCUCGUGCCUAGCAUGCCUGAGUCCAUCCUUCAAUGUCCAAGUGUCUACGUUUGCUCUAUCCAAACAAUUUCCUGAUAUUUACAGCCCGCACCAUCGAACUCGAACUCGUCCCCUGCCUUCGCCGCUACUCCAUCUCCCUCGUAAUCUACAACCCCAUCGCCGGCGGUCUCUUCUCCGGCAAGAUCAAAUCCGCCUCCACCACCCCCAUCGACGGCCGCUUCGGCAACACUGCCAGCACCAUGGGCGGUAUGUAUCGCUGGCGUUACUUCAAAGACCAGACCUUCGCAGCCCUCGCACUACUAGAACCCAUCGUCGCCAAGCAUAAUCUUAGCAUGCUGGAGGUCGCGUUCCGGUGGCUGGUGCAUCACUCUGUGUUGCGGAUGGGGACGGUGGAGAAGGAGGGUGAUGGGAUCAUCAUGGGGAUCAGUAGCUUCAAGCAGCUGGAGAUGAAUCUGGAGUUUUGUGAGAGGGGGCCGCUGCCGGAGGAGGUGGUGGAGGCAUUAGAGCAAGCAUGGCAGCUGACGAGUGCGACGGCGCCGACGUAUUGGCACAAGGAGUUGACAUAUGAGUACGAUGUGCAGAAGGAGCUCUUCGGGGAGGGUUGAGCGUGUCUUACAUGGUGCCCAAUUCUUGGUCAUAGGCGAAGGUGACAGCUGUGAAGGCGUCGAACGGUCAGUAAAAUGAAAACAACGCAUAAAAGUAUUCCUCUCCCGUGAUAUCGAGUCGACGCGUCGCGGAGGAUUCCGCGAGAAGCCACGUGCUCUGCCACAAUUUUUCAUCUGUGGCUUAACAGUGCGCACGACAGGUUGGUCGGCGCAGUUGGUUCCGCACAAAGUAAGUACAACAACCUGCAAAGGCUGUGAGUUCGAAUCCAGCCCUUGUCAGGAGUCGACAUUAUGGUUAUUUCCUAUAGAUUCGACUGAAAAGUCGCGCGGAAAUGUAAGUCCUCGCGGAAGUAAAACCGUC